UAUGAAUUAAGUCUCAUCUAGUGUAAGUUUAAAAGCUCCUUUAUUAAAUGAAGGGGAAGUAGAUGCUACAAGAUUAGUCAAGAAAUCAAGACGAAAUAGGGCAGGGGUGAUAUCAUAAUUGUUCUUUGCAUGGGUUUAUGGUACCAUAGAAGUAAAAUUGAAUUUUAAAUUAGAUUGCAUCAAAAGUUACUUUAGAAAAUGAUAUGAUUGAGGAUCUUAGAUUUGAGGAUACAAGUGAACAAUUGUAUUAUAGAUUCAUGAAGUAAUUUGAAAAGAGAAAAAAUGAAAAGAAUGGAUUAAUUUGGUCAUUGAUUAGUGUGUCCAUGGGAUAAUGUAUCUUCGUAUUCAUAGUAAUGUUAUUUAAUGUUGGGACAUCAUUAAUUAAUCCACUCUUAAUAAAAUGGACUAUUUAAUAUUUGAUGAAAGAGGAUAAAGAGACUUAAGAAGGAUUAAUUCUGAUUUUUAGUAUAAUAGGAGUUAGAAUAAUAUCAGUGAUUUGUUAACAACAUUCAUUUUAUUAGAUAGUAAUAAUAUAUAAUAUAUAUUUAAGAGAACAGUUGGAUAUGAUUGGAUGGGUAUUCUAUCUAUGGCAUUAUUGGGUAAAAGUAUGAAUGUUUCAUAUCAGAGUAAUAAAGAACAUACAAGUGGAUAAGUCUUAAAUUAUAUGUAAGUAGAUGCCAUGAAGUUAUAAUGGUUUGGAUGGUAUAUGUCAUAAAUUAUGUUAAUGCCAUUAUAAAUAGCCAUAUCUAUUUAUAUGAUGUUUAAAUUUAUAGGAGUAGCAUUCUUGGGAGGAUUGGGAGUUAUCUUAUUGACUGCAAUCUUUAAUAUAUUUGUAGGUAAGAAGAUGAUGGAAUAUCAAAUUAUGAUGAUGAAAGAUAAAGAUAAGAGAACUAAUUGUGCAAAUGAAAUUUUUUAAUAAAUCAAAUUUAUCAAAGUUAAUGCUUAUGAAGAAUAUUUCAGAUCAAAAUUAACUAAAUUAAGAAAUUAAGAAAUCAAAACUUUAAAAACUAGAUUCUUUGCAUCUUGUUUAAAUAUAUUAUCAGUUUGGUUGAGUCCUAUGUUAAUAUUAAAUGCCACAUUUGUAAUAUAUGUAGCUAUUGGAAAUAAUCUUACUCCAGCCAAUACAUUUGCUAUUAUCAGUUUGUUUUAGAGUCUUUAAGGUCCACUUCUAUUUUUACCUAUGGCACUCAAUGCUUUAAUAGAAGCUAAUAUUUCAUUCAAAAGAGUAUAAGGUUUUUUAUUGACCAAAGAAUUGAUGAAUGAUUGCAUCACUAAUUCUAGUCAAUCACAAUUAGAUUUAUAAUAUUAAAAAGGAUUGACUGUCAAUGAUUCCAGAACAUAGAUCAACUCUUAAGUCAUGAGAACAGAAAUUGAUGAUGAUGUUGCUAUUAAAAUAGAUUAAGGAACCUUUUACUGGUCAUAAUAUAAAGAAUAACCUUAACAACCAGCUAAGGCUCAUACUGCUAAAGGUUAAAAGGUAGAACCAUUACCAUAAAUUGAAUCAGAUCCUAUAUUAAAGAAUAUCAAUCUUAGAAUUGAAAAAGGAUAAUUUGUUGCAAUUGUUGGGGAUGUUGGUUCUGGAAAAUCUUCAUUAAUUUAAGCUAUGUUGGGUGAAAUGAUAUAUAAAGAAGAUAAACCAAGAAUAUAAAUUAAUGGUUCUUUUGCUUAUGUUAGUUAAAAAGCUUGGAUCUAAAAUGCAACUGUAAAAGAAAAUAUUCUAUUUGGAUUACCUUUUGAUUAAACUAAAUAUGAUGAAGCCAUUAAAUUUUCAUGUCUCAAAGAAGAUAUCAAGAUAUUAGUAAAAGGUGAUCAAACUAUGAUUGGAGAAAAAGGAGUCAAUUUAUCAGGAGGAUAAAAGGCUAGGGUCUCUUUGGCUAGAGCUAUUUAUAGCAAUUGUGAUAUUUAUUUAUUAGAUGAUCCUAUUAGUGCUGUAGAUGUACAUGUUGGCAAAUUUAUUAUUUAUGAAUGUUUGAAUGGUUAUUUAAAAGAUAAAACUAGAAUUUUAGUUACUCAUGCUCUCAAUUAUUGUUAAUAUACUGAUUAUGUAUAUUUAAUGGAUAAUGGUACCAUUGCUGAAUAAGGUACUUUUGCUGAUAUCAAAUAAAGUGAAUAAUUUAAAAAGGUUUAUUAGAAAUUUUACAAAGAUGUUAAAAAUGAUGAAGAAUCUUAAGAAUAAAUAAAUGAAGUUGAAUAACUUCCUGUUUCUGAAUUAAAAUUAGAGAAAAAAUAAUCAUCUUAAAAAGAAACACCUACAGUACCUUAAAAUAAAGAUGAAAUUGAUGAACUUAUGUUAUUAGAAGAUAGAAAUAAAGGUUCAAUUUCAUUUGAAAUCUUGGCUACUUAUAUUCGAUUGACUGGAGGUGUAUUAUUUGCUUCAUUCAUGGUUUUUAUGAUGCUUUUAUGGGAUGGAUGUUAUGUAGGUUCAUCUUUAUGGAUGGCUCAUUGGACUCAAUAAGCUAGUGAAGAUCUUGCUAAUGGAGUAGAUACCAAUAACUAUUUCUAUCUUACAAUAUAUUCUGUACUCUCUUUAAGUUAUGGAAUCUUGGCAUUUCUUAGAUCAUGGGCAUUAGUUAUAGUGAGUUGUAAUUAGGCUAAUAAUAUGCAUAACAAAAUGGUUAGUUGUUUAAUGUAUGCACCAUAAUGUCAAUUCUUUGAAAGAGUUCCAUUAGGUAGAAUUAUGAAUAGAUUAACAAAAGAUUAAAAUGUUUUAGAUUCAGAAUUAUAAUGGACAUUUAAUUGGAUGUUAGUUUAAGUAUUUCUAUUAUUGGCUAAUACCUUCUUAAAUAUCUAUACAAGUUCUCCUUGGGUUGCCAUUCCUAUGGUAAUCUACUUUUUCUUAUGUUGGAAAAUAUAGAGAAUAUAUAUGGCUGCUAGUAGAGAACUCUUUAGACUAGAAGCAAUUAGCAAAAGUCCAAUUUUGAGUUAUUUCUCUGAAUCAAUUAUGGGAAUCACAACAAUAAGAGCAUUUUAGAGAUAAUCUUAAAUUAUGAAUAAACAUGGAAACAAUUAAGAUCUAAAUCGUAAGAUAUUCUUAGAACAGAUAGCUGCAAAUGCUUGGUUUGGAUUAGUUCUUGGUUUAUCAAGUUUUAUGGUCAAUACUACAGCUAUUGUAUUUUGUAUGUUUUAUAGUACAAAAAAUCCUGCAUAUGCUGGUUUAUUAAUGACAUAUGCAUCUACUUUGGAUUAAAAUAUUAAUGGAACAGUUUAAUGUUUAGGACAUGUGGAAAAUGGAUUGAUUUCAUUUGAAAGAUGUGUUGCUUAUACUAAGUAUAUAUAUUUAUUAAUUAAUAAUUAGAGUAAAACCAGAAAAAGGAUAUGAAGCUGCAGUUAAGAGAUAUUAAAAUAAUUAAACUUAUAGAGAUCAAUAUAUACCAUAAUGGCCAAAAAAUGGAAUAAUAGAAUAUAAAAAUUAUUCAGUUUAAUAUAGGGAAGGAUUGCCUUUAGCUUUAAAAAAUAUGAGCAUUGUAAUCAAUCCAAGAGAAAAGAUUGGUAUUGUAAGUAGAACAGGAGCUGGAAAGUCUACCAUUACAUUAACUAUCUUAAGAAUCUUAGAAGGAUUGAAUGGAUAAUUAUUGAUUGAUGGUCAUGAUAUCUCUACAAUCUCAUUAAGACAACUUAGAGAAUCAAUUACAAUGAUUAUGCAAGAUCCAACAUUAUUUAGUGGUACUAUCAGAGAUAAUAUUGAUCCAUUAAAUCUAAGAACUGAUGAAGAAGUCUUAUAAGCUAUAAAUAAAUGUUGUUUGACAGAAUUAAUUGAAUCAAGAAAAGGAUUAGAAUCUAACAUAAAUGAUCAUGGAGAUAAUUUAAGUGCUGGAGAAAAAUAAUUAGUUUGUAUAGCUAGAGCAGUUCUUAAGAAAAGUCCUAUUGUUUUAAUAGAUGAGGCUACUGCCAAUAUAGAUAUUGAUACAGAACAUAAGAUUCAAGAUACCAUUUAAAAUGCUUUUUCUGACUGCACUGUCAUUACAAUUGCUCAUAGAAUCAAUACCAUACUUCAUUGUGAUAAGUAUAUAUAUAAUCUAUUAUCAAAAGAAUUCUAGUUCUAGAUAAGGGAGAAGUAAAAGAAUUUGGAUACACUAAAGAUUUAUUAAACCAAACAAAUUCCUUAUUCUAUGGAAUAUAUUAAGAAGCCUUAAAGGAGUAAAGUCAUUGAUA